AUGCAGACUGCUUCUACAAACAUUUGUGAAAGAAUGGAUCGCUCUCAGGAGCUCAGGAAUUUCAAGCAUAGUACCACGAUAGGUUGCUACCUGUGCAAUAAGUCCAUCCGUGAAAUUUUCUUGCUACUAAAUAUUCCACGGUCAACUAUUAGUGGUAUUAUAACAAAGUGGAAGCAACUGGGAACAACAGCAACUCAGCCACCAAGUGAGCAGGGUAAGCACAUGAUGAAGUGCACAGUGCACAGAAGUCACCAACUGUCUGCAGAGUCAAUAGCUAAAGACCUCCAAACUUUUGUGGCCUUUAGAUUAGCACAACAACAGUGAAAAG